CUUGAAAACUGUUUAAUUCUCUUUCAGAUUGGAUUUUUUUAACACAACCCUGUCGACACAAUGUUUGAAUGGGCUUACAUUGGUGUGGAUCAUAAUCUUCCGGGAAAUGGCGGAAAAGAGUGUGUCGACUUCAUACCACUAUGGCAGCGUGUGGCCGAGAGCGGUCUUGCCUGUAUUUUUGCUGCAUGUUGUAUAAAUUAUGCAUACAAACGUAUAACACUACCUGACAAAAUACCUCCUCUGGAAAACCGAGAUAUGUGCGGAAAAAGAAUUUUACUAGUGUCCAUGUGUCUGACAUUCGGUAUCGAACUUGGAUUUAAAUUGGCGACUCGGCAGUUUAUAUGGAUAUUUAACCCAUGUCAUGUGACCAGUAUGAUACAAAUAUACAUCCUAGCAGCGCCCCCUGGGAAAAUGGUGACAGCAAUGUUCCGACUGCAUUUACAUAUGUUGACAGGUGCUCCGAUUGCUAUUUUGUUUCCAGUGAUAAACACAAGGCUUUUGCCAUUUGAAACAGAAGUAUAUUUUAUACAACAUAUUUUAAUGAUGAUAAUUCCAUAUUAUCUAAUGAAGACUGGAGGUGUUUACACGGCAGAGAAGUUGUCAGACAUGAGUUGGACUUUACUGUCACUGGGCUGGCUUUAUUUCUUCCACUUUGUCCCUCUCAACUACUUAGCUGUUUUAUCUGAAGUGAAUUUAAACAACAUGCUAUGUCCAGCAGUCUCGGAUCCUUUUUACGGCCGACUUUAUCGUAUAUGUGGGAUGAUACAUCAGGUUCUACUCAUACCGAUGAUCGGAAAAUUUAUCACGUGGACAUCGAUCAAAUUCAAACUGUGUCGACCAAACGAUUGCAAGAAUGAAGUGAAAAUUUUUGUGAAGGAAUCCAGUGACCAAGGAGUUAAAAGAUCAGUUAUUGAAAAUGAAUCGACGGUCAAUUUAAAAGAUUCUAAUGUAAUACAUAGAAACGGAACCGUCGGAGGUCAUGUGACAGAAAGAAGUGCGGCAAAGUCGGCGGACAUAUCAAGUGGUAAAGAGAGAAAUGGAUUCUCUAAACAACUGUAGAUGUUAUAUUUAUGAUUAUGUAGAAGUUUUUUCAGGAAAUUUGUGAUGCUUUCCAACCGGAACUGUUUUAAUGAAAUAACAGUCAUUGACAGUUUGACACCGCGCCGGACAGUCUCGUGUUUCAGAGUUCGACACAACACGUUUCAGACAUUUUUUUUAUUGCACAUGUAGAUAAAGUAAAAUUCUUUAUUGCACCAUUGACUUGUAGAUAAAGAUCAAGUUGUUAUCUGAAUUCAUGUAGAUUUUUUCACUUGAAUGUUUUUAAAAGUUAUUAUAUUGAAACUGUUUUUUUCACAACACAGAAGAAGGAAGUACAACAAAAUUACUUAUAUUUUCCUUAUACAUCUAGGACGAUGUAAAUUUUAAGUUAUCUUGUCAUUAUUUUUGGUAUAGACUUACUUCACUUUAGAGACACAUGGGUCUGCAUUUAAGAGACCACUUUGACUAAUAGGGAAAAUAUGGAAGGUAGCAGUGUGGGAUUCAGGGAACUGACAUAUUUUUGUGAAGUGAAAAACAGGGAAAAAAUAAGAAAAAGGAAAAGAAAUGAUUGUCUUAUUGAAAUAUUAGAAUUUAAUUUUAGAAAAUGUUUCAAUUUAGAUACAGAGAUUUCAUUUCAUUGUUCGGAUCAUUUUAGAAAUUAAAUUUUCCUUAUAUAAGAGGAGUCUGGGAGUAAAAUAGAGUUAUGAAAGGAAUCAAAUUUAUUAUAAUUUUAUGAAACACUUUUUGUUUUCAGGCAUACAUACUGUUAUUUUUUUUCAUUCAGCAAAGAAAUAACAAGUUUUACAUAUGUCAAAUUUACAAACAUUUCAAUUUUUUUUUUAAAUUAAAGUACAAUGUAUAUGUAGUUUUUACUAGUUUAUGCAAGACAGAUUAUAAAUGUGUACAUAAAAAAAUUGGAAAUUUAAUAAUUUAUUCAGAAAGAUAAAAAUUUGUAAAUGUAAUCAGAUGCAUUUUAAUGUUUGAUAAAUGAGCUCAGAUUUUGUACAGCAUGUUUCAAAAAAAUUUAAAUUAGUUUAUAACAUAAUAACCCUUAACCUGCUGAAUUUGUAUAAUGGACUCACCCAGCAUUGAAUCUUGGAACAGUCCAUUCAAAGUUUAAGGGAUUUCAAUAUCAAAAUACAUAAAAAUAGAACUACCAACAAUAUAGAGCCUGGCUUCGAGGUUGUAAAACUUUUUUUUGAGUUCUGUCUCAAAUCACAGGAGUUUUAUUGGUCAGUAUACUUUUUGUAUUGGAAUUUGACAAAUCAGAUACCUGAGAUCAGAGUUUGAGCUUAGAAAAAUUCUGUAUAACCUUGGACCUUAGGCAGAAUUGCAUGGAUGUACAGGCUGGCGGGGCUCUAUACUGGUGACAAAGGGUAAUUACUUUCAAAUUCUAGCAGGCUAAGAGUUAAAGUAGAUGGAUGUUAUUUUUUUUAAAUCUAAAGGAAGUGUUAAAAUUUUAACACUUGAAAUGUAGACAUGUAAAGGCAGUUGGCAAAUUGUGUUACAGGGAUAUAAUUUAUUUUUCAUUUUUUGUGUGGUUGGGCUGAUUAAAUGAUUAAAUAUGCUCCAGGAUUUAUACUAAUUUUCAUGAGUAAUUCAGGACGUGUUAAAUCCUUACCUUGCUAAAUAUCUUAAAUAGACUUGUCCAUCUUUCAAUCUGGACAAAACCAUUCAUCAUAUUUAGGGAAAAUUUCAAAAUACAUAUGGUACUGACCAAAUAGCAUUUUCUUGACAGUCUUUUGUAGCGACAGGAAAGACCAGCAUAUUACAUAAUUAUGUGUUUACUCGAGGUAAAUCAGCUGACUGACUUUACACGUGUACAACUUUAUAACAUAUAUUGAAUAUUAGUAUUUUUUAAAUUAUGUUAUUUAAUUUAAUAAACAUAAGAAAAUAGGAUGCAAAAUGUAUUUGACUUUGAUCAGAAGUAAGGGAUCAAUGCAUAAUUGACGUAACUCUAAUGAUUUCAAUGGAAAAAAACAGAUUUAAAUCAAUUUUGCGUUGAUCACAUCCUUUAAUUAUUAAUAUAUAAACUUACUCCACUUGUGCAAUAUUAGAUAGCAUUAUUAAAGUAUAUAUUCACAAGAUUUUCAUCAUCAGUAUGUUUUUAUUCCAUUUUUUUUUUUUUACUGUAAACCCUUAACCUGCUGAAAUUGUGUAAUAGAUUUGUGCUUCUUUCAAUUUUAAAGGCAAAUUAUACCUCAGAAACGAAAUAAUAUUUUCCUGUUGGUGCAAAAAUGAGUUUUAUAACGUUUCCACAAAUGUUUAAGAGCAUAUUAAAUGCUUAUUA